AAACGUUUUAUGUUUACAGUCCUCCGUGAAGCGGUAAGCAGAGAGGAACAAACAUCUACCCAGUCUUGAAUAUUUUACGUAUUAACUGUAUACACCAGCGAAAAUGACAGAAGAAGUUAACCCUAAAGCCUAUCCUCUGGCUGAUCAAGUAUUAACAACAAAAAUCAUAGAUUUGUUGCAGCAAUGUGUAAAUUUCAAACAACUGAAAAAAGGAGCCAAUGAAGCCACAAAAACUCUGAAUCGUGGAAUUGCUGAAUUCAUCGUCAUGGCAGCAGAUACUGAACCAUUGGAGAUUUUGCUUCAUCUCCCACUCUUGUGUGAAGAUAAGAAUGUACCCUAUGUAUUUGUGAGGUCCAAGGGAGCUCUGGGUAGAGCCUGUGGAGUAUCACGACCAGUUAUUGCAGCCUCUGUAACUGUCAAUGAGGGCUCUCAGCUGAAGACUCAGAUCAGUGCCAUUCAAAAUAGCAUCGAGAAACUUCUGAUCUAGCAUCAUCAUCAUCAUCAUCAUCAUUACUGCUCCUUGUUAAGCACUGUCAUCAUCAUCACCUAGAUAAAGUAUCUCAAUGACAAUAUUUCAGUUUAAAGUGUCUGCUAAAUUUUACUUUAGAAGAGACAUUGUUGUUAUUCGAAAAAAUAUUCAUUGGCUGUAGUAAAAUGUUCAAAUGUCACGGACUUGCUCUGAUCAUCAUUGUCUUUGAUGGACUUUAGAUUCUAUCAUUAUACAGUAAUUUUGAUUUUAACUGUUUAUUUCAUUGAAAUUUUAUAUACGUUUUGUUAUUGACUAGGAUGUCAAUCCUGCAAUGUGCAAAAUUUUGUUCAUCAGUUUUAUGUAUGAAUAAAAGAGGUUCGUAUAAA